AUGUUGUCGUCAAGACUUUCAAGAGCGCUCCCCAGGGCCACUCCUGCCCUCCGUCGCGCCUCCGCGCUGAGAUCGCCUUUCGGCGCUUCAUUUACGCGGUUUAACUCGACUGGCGGCGAGGAAAAGGUUAAAGGCCAAGUCAUUGGUAUUGAUCUUGGUACCACCAACUCGGCUGUCGCCAUCAUGGAAGGAAAGCAGCCCAAGAUCAUUGAAAACGUUGAAGGUGCUCGGACGACCCCUUCCGUCGUUGCAUUCACUCAGGAUGGUGAGCGUUUGGUCGGUAUUGCCGCCAAGCGUCAAGCUGUUGUUAACCCCGAGAACACCCUUUUCGCUACUAAGCGUCUCAUCGGUCGCAAGUUCACCGACCCCGAAUGUCAGCGUGAUCUCAAUGAAGUCCCCUACAAGAUCGUUCAGCACACCAACGGUGAUGCCUGGGUUGAGGCCCGCGGUCAAAAGUACUCUCCUGCUCAGAUCGGUGGUUUCGUUCUGCAGAAGAUGAAGGAGACUGCUGAGAACUACCUCAGCAAGCCUAUUAAGAAUGGUGUUGUCACCGUCCCUGCCUACUUCAACGACUCCCAGCGUCAGGCUACCAAGGACGCGGGUCAGAUUGCUGGUCUGAACGUCCUGCGUGUUGUUAACGAGCCUACUGCUGCUGCUCUUGCCUAUGGUCUUGAGAAGGAGGACGACCGCAUCAUCGCCGUCUACGACUUGGGUGGUGGUACUUUCGAUAUCUCCGUCCUUGAGAUUCAGAAGGGUGUCUUCGAGGUCAAGUCCACCAACGGUGAUACCCACCUUGGUGGUGAGGACUUUGAUAUCACUCUCGUCCGUCACUUGGUUCAGCAGUUCAAGAAGGAGGCUGGAAUCGACCUCUCCGGUGACCGCAUGGCCAUUCAGCGUAUCCGUGAGGCCGCUGAGAAGGCCAAGAUUGAGCUUUCGUCCUCGCUCCAGACCGAGAUCAACCUUCCCUUCAUUACUGCCGAUGCAUCUGGCCCCAAGCACAUCAACUCCAAGCUUACCCGAUCUCAGCUUGAGAACUUGGUGGAGCCUCUCAUCAGCCGCACCAUCGACCCGGUCCGCAAGGCCCUCAAGGAUGCCUCCCUCCAAGCCAAGGACAUCCAGGAGGUUAUCCUUGUCGGUGGUAUGACCCGUAUGCCCAAGGUUACCGACUCUGUUAAGGGCAUUUUCGGCCGCGACCCCGCCAAGUCUGUCAACCCUGACGAGGCUGUUGCCAUCGGUGCUGCUAUUCAGGGUGCCGUCCUCGCUGGUGAAGUCAUGGAUGUCCUUCUUCUCGACGUCACUCCCCUCUCUCUCGGUAUCGAGACCCUCGGUGGUGUUUUCACCCGCCUGAUCAACCGUAACACUACUAUCCCCACCAAGAAGUCUCAGGUCUUCUCUACCGCGGCUGAUUUCCAGACCGCUGUCGAGAUCAAGGUCUACCAGGGUGAGCGUGAGCUUGUCCGUGACAACAAGCUGCUUGGUAACUUCCAGCUUGUCGGCAUCCCUCCUGCCCACCGUGGUGUCCCCCAGGUUGAGGUCACCUUCGACAUUGAUGCCGACUCUAUCGUCCACGUUCACGCCAAGGACAAGUCUACCAACAAGGACCAGUCUAUCACCAUUGCUUCCGGCUCCGGUCUCUCCGAUUCUGAGAUCCAGAGCAUGGUUGAUGACGCCGAGCGUUACGGUGAACAGGACAAGCAGCGCAAGUCUGCUAUUGAGGCUGCCAACCGCGCCGACAGCGUCGCCAACGAUACCGAGAAGGCCCUGACGGAAUUCGAGGACCGUCUUGACAAGACCGAGGCCGACGCCAUCCGUGAGAAGAUCAGCUCUCUUCGCGAGUUCAUUGCCCAGAGCCAGGCUGGCGAGGGCACCGCGACUGCUGAAGACCUCAAGGCUAAGACUGACGAGCUCCAGGUGGCCAGCUUGAACCUUUUCGACAAGAUGCACAAGGCUCGCUCUGAGGGCUCUGAGCAGCAGCAGCAGCAAGGCCAGGGCGAGGGUCAGCAGACUGGUGAGGGCGAGAAGAAGCCUUAA